AUGGCUGUGCCGUGGCUCCCACUGAUCCCUCAUGAGAUGAAUGACGUAGAGUUAGUAUGGGAACGCAUUCGGGAUGGUAUCCUACACCUUACUGACACGUUCUCCCCAGCAAAUCGCAGCAUACCGCAAACAUUGAGGCCACCAUGGUUUGAUCCUGAACUGCCACGAUUACUCCGGCGCCGAAAUCGCACUUGGCAAGCUUUUCGGGCCACCGGUGCAGGCUACGACCUCUAUUGGAGAAUUCAGAACGAGUUCACGGAGUUGAAACGAUCCAAGCGGUGGAACUUCGAGGAGCAGCUGGCUCAAGAAAGGCUUCUAAACGUUUCUUUGGUUGUCUAA